UUGGUAAUCUGGAAGGGUGUUCUCAAUCUUGGCAUGAGUUUUCAUGGGCAGAAUACUAAUUUGUGCUAAAUUGUUCAUGCUUCUUUGAAAUUGCAACCAACAUAAGGAGAUUCUAAGUGUGAAUGGAGGGUUUCAUUGGUUGGUUCGAAGUGUCCGUGAUGGAUUAUCAUCCACGAUCAUCAUAUCUUUUCGUUUAGCAGAGGAGGAUGUUGGUGAGAUUCCAAUGCCGCCGGGUUUUAAUGUUGUUGAAGAAGAUGAGUAUUAUGUCAAUGUCUUUGAGGGAUGCCUGUGUUUGGGGAAAAAGGAUGAUCUAGUGUUUUGGGUCAUGAAGGAGUAUGGAGUGGCCAAAUCCUGGAUUAGAGUAAGAAUGCCCAUACCAUUUUAUGGAGGGUUACAUUGUGGAUUUGUGAAGAAAAAAUAUCAUCUGCUGCUCUUACAAGAAAAUAUGCGACUGCAGUUAGCUAUGUACAAUUUUGGUAGGAAAAAAAUUCGCAACCUAUCAAUUUGUGGAGUUAGCGAGCCUUGUUCUGCUGGGAUUUACUUGGAGAGCCUUGUGUCACCUAAUAACUAUUGCAUCCCUCAGUCAUUAAGCAUUGCAGCUGCAAUGCAGGUGGAAUAUGAGCAAGUACAUUUCCACCAGAGGACAUCUUAAGCUGUAGUGGUGUGCUUGGGGAAUGGUUUUUCUCAUGUUUUGGUCCAACAUCAGGUGCAUAUGAACCUCAGUUGUCAUCUUUUGGUUUAAAGCUAGUUUCGGUUUCAAGAAGAAUUUCUGUAAUUUAGUUCCAUAGUGCCUCCUACUUCAAGUGUUCAAGUACUAGUUUAGCUUAGUAUCGAACCUUUUAUGUAUUUGGCAAGUGCUGGUGUUGCUGUCACAUUUAGUAUUUCUAAUACUUACUUUGAAAGUUUCUGUCAGUGCUUAAAUCCCCUGAUUUUAGAGUUGCUUUGUUAGUUUCUAAUUUGUUUGAUAUGCUAGCAGCUAAAUAUCCUUUCACAGAACUAUAUAGCAAUGCUUUUCUUUUAACAGCUCUUCCACUGCCUAAGUUGAUUUGUUUAGAUUGGGUCGUAGUUUAGCUUGGGUAUCAUCCUUAAACUGCAAGCUAAU